AUGCGAGCUCGAUGCUUGUUUGUCGGCACGGUUCUGCUUGGAUCUGCAGGCUUCUGGUGGAUAUCCGAGUCCCCCAACUUUCAGUCACUCCGUGCAGGUGUCGCGGGCUCUUUUGCUGAAGCUCCGCGAGCAGACUUUGCUGCAGCAUCGCGGGAGAAUCGAUCAACUGAGCCUCACAUCGCCAUCGACGGAAACAUCCGAAGCAACGACAGCACGAUUUCGCUUGCUGAACCUGAGUUGCUAGAGAGUGCUGUUGAACUGUCCACAUCUGUUUCUCAGUCAGCAGCCGCCGACGUGCAGCCGACGACCUCAACGACACCGUGCAUGGAGCCUUCGCUUCCUCCAGCGCUGUCAGAUGCCGAUGCGGCAAGCCUGAGAUCAGCCGUCAAAAAGAUGACGAAGAAGUGGGGAUAUGAGGAGGCUGAGAAGAACUUCAAGCCGUUCAAAGGUUUGCGCUUUCUGGAUAUUGGUAUGGGUCAAGGACCCAUGGGCGUUGUAGCCAUGGAGGCAGGUGUGCAGUCCUACUGGGGUUUGGAUCCUGCCCUCUGCAUCAACAAGCCCGCGCGCACGCGCAACCGAAGGGCCGGCAAGAACAACCCAGGUAUGACCGCAGCGGCUGAGAAGUAUGGCACAUUUCCUUUCACUGGGGUUCAAAUCAUGCAAGCCUUCCCAGGAAAAGUGAUUCUGCUUCCCGGCACCUUCGAGACGAUUCAACCGACUGGCCUUAUCAAGCGUGGCGACUUCGAUGCGGCCGGCAUGUUUAUGGUUAGCGAGCACUUGCCGGAUAACCGGCUUGUGGUGGAAGGUGUCUUUGAGUGGACGAAGCCUGGUCAGCUAUACUACAUCAAGCAUCAUAACUACUACGGCUUCGACGGCCAUCAUCAAGAGCUGAAGGACCCUUCAGCCUAUGAUCCCAAGAAUGCUGCCCAUCAAGGCGUCGCAUUCUGGAAUCACUUGGAGCCCUCCAGUUGGAUCUUCAACAGCACCGAUAUGAAUCGGAUAAGACUGGGAGAUCUCAUGGCCUUAGUUCACGUUUACUUUGAAUGUGCCUGGCGUGCAAACAUUGAUUUGAAAUGGGCCAAGGCCCUUGAUGACAGACCGGAGUUGCUUCAAUCGCUCGAACGACGUGGAUUCGCUCAUGCAGAGCUGCUGGUUAACAAGUGGGCCGGCUCUUGUCAAAGACGUGAAGAAGCUCUGGAUGCUCCCUGGCUGGCAUCACGGAUGUGGUUCCAUCCGCCAUCGGACGGCUCCUAUUCACCGCGGCCUUUUCCCAAAGAGUUCAGUCUAAAGAACCUCGAAUGUGGGCAUAGCCUGAAGAAGCACAAGCAGUACCCCCUGGAUGGUAUUCUUUAUGCUCCACCUGGGCUUGGCCAUCGCUUGGUGAAGUACCUCUCUGCAGGUCCCUCAUGCCCAUAG